GCCGCCGUUCGCCACAGAGGCACGCGAAUAUUUCUUAUAGUGAGUUUAUAUACAAUAUAUCAUUUUGUAUACAAUAGCUAAUAAUACUGACUGAAAAAGAAAGUGAAAUAAUUUUUUUUUUAAUAUACUAUAGAAGCAAGGAGUGAAAGAAAAGUGUUUUUUAAAAUUAAAAAGAAAAACCCGUGUAACAAAAGAUAAUUUCAGUUUUUACUUUUUAAAGUUUUUUUUUUUAAUAUUCCCUCCAAGGCUAUUUCGUACGGAUGAAACCCUUUGUCAGCUUUCUGGAGCCGGUUCUCGAAGCAGGAAGAUGGGAGGUGACCAGCUUGGUCUCCUCCUUUGGAAGAAUUAUGUUGUUAGAAAACGUCAACCGGGUAUUAUGAGCCUGGUAUUUCUAUGGCCAAUUUUUGUAUUUAUGCUUCUUUAUACGGUGAGAGAUAAUAUCGAUCCAGAAUAUUUUCCCACAUGUCAAUUCCCGGCAAGAUUCAUGCCUCAAGAUGGAAUCUUGCCAUUUGUUCAAAGCUUCGUUUGCGGUGUGGGAAAUCCAUGUGAACCACUGUCAGAAUACGAGGAAGUACCAUCUUAUAAAAAUGCAAUGUUGAGUCCUUUGAUUGUGGAACUUCAAACAGUUUUGAGAAAUGAUACGAUUCUGUCAGCAGUUUCUUAUUUACCAAAAGGCGUUCAACUUUUUACAUCAAUGGCUCAAAUUCUUACAAAGCCGGAAAUUAAAAAAUUGUUUGACAGGGGAAUUUUUCUCGGUGAUUUAUUUAACAAUCACGAAACAAUUAAAAGAUCCUUGAAAAAUCAAAUACCACAAGCAACUGAUCAUUUGCUCGAUGGACUCUUUAAUUCCUCAAUAAAAUUGAUCUACUUAGUCGAGGGUCUUGGUUCGACAAAUAUUGAAGACACUGUUUGCGUUCCGGAGAAUUUAAAAAAAUUUCUAAUUGUGCCAAAGGAAAUGGAUCUAGUCAAAAUAUCAAAAGUACUUUGCGAAAUAGAUCCAUCAAAGAUUCCCGGUAUUUUUGAACAAUUGACAAAUCAUUUAGAUUUCACUUCACUUUUGGAAAUGGUCAGUCGUGUUAUGGCCAAAUUCCAAGAUUAUGAUUUUCUUAAAGAUAUUAAAAAAACCGUUGAGACUAUUCUCAAUUUGGGAAUUGUUGAGAAAUAUGUUCCCGAUUAUUUAAGACUGCGUGAUUGGGUGCCAAAGAUUAUUCCUUUAUUUAAAAAUACCUCAUUCAAAGAAAUUGAUAUUUUCUUUAUUAAUAAAACGGUAACAAUAUUGGAUCCAAUUUUUAAGGGGGAAAAUGAUUGGAAAACUGCUCGAAGUGCUUUUUUGAAAUUAAAUGAUCUUCUUAGUUUGGUGAAGAAUAUUAUUAAAAAAAUGGACACGAAUAAUGAAACUAUUUCUAGUGUGAUGAAAAGAAUUGGUGGAAAUGUGGAAGAUACUGUAUCAAUAUAUUAUCAUGAAUAUGAGACAAAUGUCACUAAAAUUUUGGAUAUUUCAUAUCUUAUUUUAGUGGAUAGUAUUAAGCUUACAAAAAAAUUAAUUGAGAAAUAUGAAGAUCAAUUUCAGCUUGCAGCAGAAAUAUUAGAUGGAUUAAAAAGUUUCUUUUCAAAAAAGAUACUUUAUAACAUUUCGUAUUUGGUAUCAAUGAUUGAUAAUGUGGUUCAAAUGACUCAUCAUGUUGCCAUUAUUCACGAGGAAUUAUUGAUAAAAUUCAAGAAUAUUGUAGUCAAUCAUCAAUCAUUUGUGGAAAAAAUAUUUACAACUAUUGAACCUAAUGUUUAUAGGACAAUUAUAAAUUCUUUUUCUCGAUUGGAUUUUGUUGAGAAAUUUGUCGAGGAAUUACCAUCAAAGAAUGCUGAAGAUCUGUUUUGUGAAGAUGAUAUUUUCAAAGAAGUAUUUUACAAUUUGGAAAACAAAGAUAGUCAAUUAUCAAAAUUGAACGAUUCACUUUGUAGCGAGGAAGGAAAAAAAUUCCUCUCCGAUAUUUAUAAUGCCAUGGAAUUAAGAAAUUUCAGUGAAAUUGUUGACAAUACUUUGAAUACAUUUAAAACUAUGGCUCUAAGAAAGCCGAUGAUUUUUGAAAAAUCAAAUCUCACAGCAAUGGUGAGAAGUGUUCGUUCUUUUGUGACCUAUCUACAAGAUCCCGAAUCAAAAAGAUUGGAAUCUGCGAAUUUGUCGUCUUCAAUUUCAAUUCCAAACGAAUGGAAAAUAGUGUUUGAGGAAACACAAAUUCAAGGACGUCAAGACAUAUUGAGUCUUCAUCUCAGUGUGGCAAAAUCAAUUGGAUCAAUAAGUCUCACAAUAAUAACAAUUUUACCAAGUUUAAUUAAAAUGGAUCUUAUUGCAAGUUCCGUUUUGAGAGAUCUUGAAACUCAUCCCACUGAAUGGAUCGCUGAUGUUCGAUUUCAUAAAUCUGAAUUAAUUGAAUCAUUUUAUUUAACUGUCGCUGAUAGACCAAAGGUAUUAAAAUUAUUGGAAUAUUCAAAUAUGACAGAAACCGUUUGUAUGGAUAAGAAUUCGUCAAAUUUUCUCAAUUUUCCAAUGGGAACAAAUGCUACUUUUUUAAUGAACAUUAUUUGUCGUCCAAUAAGAACAGUGGAAUCAGCUCUUAAUUUGGAUCUAAUAAAUGUGGAAAAUGAUGCAACUCUAUCGUUUCAAAAUCAAAAUUUCAAUUGGACUCUUUUUAAUGAGAAAAUUGUGAAAAUUUAUCAUUAUAUUGAUUCACUUGUACAUCAAAAAGAUGAAGGAAAUGUUACAUAUUUAAAUAAUGUAGUGGAGAAAUUUAGAGAAGCUUGGACUGAUUAUGUGACAGCGAGAGAUGCAUGGGAAGCAAGCGUAGGCGUCUUGUGUAAAUUGUUCACCAUUAUGGAAUAUCCUCUUUUUAAUGCAAAAACAAUAGAUAAUUGGUCGGAUUUACAUGCAGUCGCUUGGGGUUCAUCUUUAAUUGCUGACAAUAUUGAAAAUGUUGUCGAUCAAAUUCAGAGAAAAAAUAACAGUGUCGAUUUAAAGGAUAUUUUCAUUGAAAUGCCAGAGACAGAAAUUUUAUUAAGUAAACUAUUGAGAAAUCUUGCACCAAUAACACUUGAUUUUGUUGAUAUGACUAUGAAAAUUCCUGUACAUUUUAUGUCGGCAAUUGAUGAUUAUAAAGAUCGUGAACCAAAUUGGCCGUGCAUCAUGAAUGAGAGUAUUGGAGAGGCUCUGGAACUGAGAACAGGAAGUCGAGAAUUGGUGCGAGAAAUUGAAAAGAUAUCCUGCGAUCCUAGUCCUUUAGUGACCGAAUGGGAUGAACAACCUUUACUAAUAAAAGUUAAUAAGAUCUUUCAGGGUGACAGUAAUGUUCAAAUGCCACCUUUUAAUUGGACACAAGGUUAUUUAAAUUUUCGUCGAUUGGUAAAAAAAAUGAAUACUUUAAUUGACUCGCCGGAAGACGUUGAACUUUUAAAUGCGCCAAGUGUUUCUGUUUAUAUAAAAAACUUUUUACCCGAGGUGAAGAAAAUGGUGAUUGAAAGUCUUCCCGAGUCUGAAGAUCAAAGCAGAAAAAUAGUGGAAUUUAUCGAUCAUAAAAUUGAUAAAGGAGUGGAUAUUUUAAAUAGUCAAUUAUCGGCAAAAAAUGUUUGGGAUUCAAUGGGAACUCCGAGGGAUUUUGAUUAUUUUCUAGCGCUUGGAAAAUUUUUUUCUAACGUUUUACAUGAUGUUUUUACAAUUUUUUCUGAUUCAUUCAGCGGAGAUCAACAGAAUAUAAAUCUUUUAACACUUCUUGGAUUUAAGAACAAAAGUGCAAUUGCAAUUGCUUAUGAACGUUUACCAUAUAUUUUAGCAACAUUUAUAAAUGGAAUGUCAGAUCCAACAAUUGACAGUGAAGCAAUAAAUGCAAUGAAAAAUGGACGUGUAUCUUGUUCGGAAAUAUUUUCAUGGUUCGAUAAUUCACGUGUUGAUCUCACUGUUGAUGAAUAUAGAAUAUUGAAAAAUUUCACCUGCGAUCUUGUCGCUGAUAAUUUUAAUGCAUUCACUGAUCUCUAUAUGAAAGAAUCGACAGUUUGGCGAAAAUCUCUGGCUGAUUAUCAAUCAUAUUUUUUCAGUUUAGCCAUUGAAUUAUCUGAUUUGGGGAAAAAAAUUGUAAAUCGAACUAAAAAUGGCAUGAAAAUUGUUUUUCCAUUCGAUGAAAAUUAUUUGAAUAAUAUUGCAAGGACAUUGAGUCGUGAGCUUAAUGAUGAUGUUCCAGAAGUUGGUGGAAUAAUACUUCGUAAUAAUCCAGAAGGUAGAAAUUAUCGUUUAGCAGUGGAAGGUAUUUCGGAAGUUAUAAACAAAAUGGCAAAAACAUUGAGUGAAUUGCAAUUGAAGAAUAAUGAACUUUAUAGUUGGGAUUUAUUUGAAAAAGGUGAUGUUCAUCAGCUUGUGAAACUAUUGGAAAGUUAUCCAAGGGAAGCGAUUUCAUUUUUUGCUGUUAUUAGUGAAAUUGAUCCGGAAACGAUGCAACCUUAUCCAAUCAAACAUUUUAAAAAAAAUUGGUGUACAACUCAUCCAAAAUCUGGAAUGUGGAUUCAACCAAAUGCAACUCAUUUUUUAAGCAGUAUUUGUUCUUUUGAUUUUGAUCAAUUGCUAAAAACACUAACCAGUGAGGAAUUAUUCAUGGUAGCAAACGGUCACACGGACGUGUUAAAAAGAGUAACACCACUUUCAAAAUCAGUUUCACUUUUAUUAAACGAAAUUAUAAAAUUACGAUCUCAAAAUCCAAAAGUAAUUUUCAAAUCAAAUAUUUUUAAUGCCACCACUUGGAGGGAUAUUCCAAUUGACGGCCUCACUUGGAGAUCAAUUAAUCGUACGGAACUUUCGUGGGUGAAUAAAUUUGUCAGUGAAUAUUUUCCAAAUGAUUCAUUCAUGGGGCAAAUGUACAGGGUUCCUCAGGUUUUGUUAUCAGUUUUAAAACUUUUAUCCGGUGGUGAUAUUUGGCAAAAAUUGGAAAUAAUUUAUAAAGAUUCAAAAAUAAAACCCCUAUUGACUAUCGUUGAAGAUUUACCAAAUCUUGUGAUAACUGUUGUCGAUACUUUUGUCAAUUCCGAAAGACUCAAUGAUUUUGCUGAAUUACUUUUUGCCGGAAAAGUGAAUCUUUGCGAUAUUGAUAAAUAUUUGAUACCAUCGAAAUUUGUUAAAAAGAAAAAAAUUCUUACAAGUAUCACGAAUGUUUGUGAAAAAUUUGUGAAUGGCGCCGAGAAACUUGAGGCUGAGGAUUUUUUACCUUUGGAUUUUUAUGCUGAGAAAGAACAUUUGUAUGAAAUGAGAAUAAAUUCAGGACCGGAGAAUUUGAUAAUUUAUAAUAAAACUUAUCUUGUGGAAAAAAUGUAUCAACUUCAAGCAAUUUUGAUACAAAUUGCAUCGGAAGGUUUUCAGGAAAUUGAAGUUCCUAAUUGGUGGAUUUCGUUUAAAGAGGGAACUUUAAAAGAAUUUUUAUUAAAAUACAAAAGCAAGGAUAUGAGAAAAUUAGCACAUUCAUCAAUGAAAAAAUCUGUUGCUGUUUUAUAUAAUAUUUUAAAUUCGACACCUCACGAGGAAAAUUGUUCCUGGUGUCAUACGCUUAUGAUAGAAAUUGUAAAUUCUCAACUAAUAAAACAUUCGGAAUAUUCGAAAUUAAUUUGUAAAAUGCGACGAAUGAAUGUGAGGGAAAUUCAAGAUACAAUGUUACGAGAUUUUUAUUGGAAUAAAACAAUUAAUAUGAUUAAGGAUUAUAAAUAUUUGAAUAACAAGAAAACAUUGAAAAGUUUUAUGGGGGCUUUGGAAAAUUCUCUACAUUAUAUAGCGGAUAUUUUAGUUGAUUAUCAUAAUGAAACAUAUAAAAAUGAAGUGACAGAAUGCUUUUAUAAAUUAGUUGGAGGCCCUUCAUUUUCAAGACCAGGAUUAUAUGUAAUGGUAAUGAACGGAAUCCUCGACACUUUAGACAGAAAUGUUCAAAUUUUCAACAAUUUUAUGACGUAUGAGAAAAUAAAAAAUUUAACCGCCCUGGCUGAGAAAUAUUUGCCCAUUUGGAAACCAAUUUCUGAAGUUAUUGAAACUUCAGACAUAGAGAAAAUGAAUAAUUUGCUUCCAGAUGGAAAAAUCAAUGUAAAUUUAUUGUCUGGUGAAGUGAAAGAUACUUUAUGUUAUCCUCCGAAGCAUUGUCAAAAUUUAACAAUUCUUUAUGAUAUUCUCAGUGGCAGGCAAGUGAAGAAACUCAUUCUUCUUAAUGGAAAAAAUUCAAAUUUUGACUCAACGAAUGAAAUUGCCGAAUUACUUUCAAAGAGUUUGAAUUUUGAAUUAAUUGAAAGUGAAAUUUUAAAUUGGCGAAAGGAAGCUGCCACUAAUUUGACGUGGAUAAGAAAUAUUUUAAAACACGUGUCCACUGUCAUGGAAGAGGGAGGAAAUUUAUUUGACGUUGCAAGAAAAAUUGAUUUUGAAAAUGUUUCCAAUACACUUGGAGUUCCUGAUAUUGUUGACGAUGUUGUCAGUAUUGUCAAUGGAAAAACAAUAGACAAAUUGUUUGAGGGAAUAAACGAAAUUCUUGACGAUGUCGAGCCAUUUAUUGAAGAUCCUGAGGUAAAAAGAGAUCUUCGAACUAUGAUACAAACAUUUGAAUCAAUGGAAAUUUUCAAAAAUCUAGGACUCCUGAAUAUGAAAUAUGGUGUGAAUGAUUUAUUUAGAAAUUGGGAUGUGCUUAAGAAAUAUCUCAUUGAAAAAGCUGGUAUUCCAAAUGAAGCAAUGAAUAUUAUGAGUGGGGCUAAAGUUGACAUGAUUUCUGUAUUUUUAAAAGAAAAAAAAGCCGUAAGUUUAAAGGAUACAAUUUGUUCGCCAACGAAAUUAAAUGAAAUGUUGAGUUUUGAGAAUUCACAUCUUUCCGCCGAAGAAGUUAGUUCGAUUUUAUGCGAAAUGGACAGUGAACAAAGUCAAAAUAUGACUAUUACGCUUAUUUCAAAUCUUAAUUUUCAAUAUAUUUUCGAAAACUUAAUGAGUGCGAAUGUAAAAAAUAUUUUGUUAAAUGCAAAUUUAACAGAAUCUGAUGGAAAAGCUAUUUUGGAUAAUCUUGGAGUUGUUGCUGAACUUGUGCCAUAUUUUAAAGAAAAACUCACAUCGAGUCUCUCUUCAGCGAGAGCUAAAGUCAAUAAAAAUUCUUCUGAAUCGAUGUCGAGAGGUCAAUUUCUGGGAGAGGCGAGCAAAAUGUUGUGCAGCAAACCUUUGGUCCAAGAAGGCGGAGAAUUUUACAAGGUGAUCACGUCUUUGGAAGACAAUCGAAAAGCCGCUGAUGAGAGAGAACUUAGCACCUUGCCGACUGAAUUUUGCAGAGACACUUAUAAAAAUGUUUUAAGUAUGCCCGGUGGUAAAAUAAUUUGGUCAUAUGUAAAACCAUUAUUAAGAGGACGUAUUCUCUUUACACCAAAUACAACAUUAAUUCAGGAAGUGAUAAAAAUUUCCAAUCAAAGUUUUAUUGAAUUUGAAAAAUUCUCAACGCUCAUGAAUAGUUUUCAAAUGACACUCGUUGCAUUGAAAAAUCUCGCAAAAAUGGGUGACAGUUUAAAGGAUUUGGAAAAUAUCAUGUCAUCGGAUGUUAUGAAAGUUGCCGUCAAAUCCAUGAGUGGAUCGAGUGAAUCAAAUGUUAAUACGGAUUUGUCAAAUAUUGAUCUCACGGAAAUCGCUUGGGAAUUGAAGAAUUCUGAAAGAUUAAUAAAUAUGAUUGAAAUGUUGAACGAUUUGAUGGAUUGUGUUUUAUUGGAUCGAUAUCAUGGAUUUGCAACAGAGGAGGAAUUAGAAAUGGAGGCUGAGAAUUUAAUGGAAACACAUGAAUUUUUAGCGGGAGUUGUUUUUAUUGAUGAUAAUCGUCAUAAGAGAUCAUUGGAAUAUGAAUUACCGCAUAAUGUGACUUAUAAAAUAAGAAUGGAUGUUGAUUAUGUACAAACGACAACAAGAUUGAAAAAUCAAUUUUGGCUACCUGGACCGGAAGCCGAUUUUUUGGAACAUUUACGAUAUAUGCGAGGAUUUAUUCAAUUGCAAGAUUCAAUAGAUCGUGCAAUUAUUAGAGUUAAAUCACGCACCAAUCAAGAUUGGAUGACACUUAUUCGACAGAUGCCUUAUCCUUGCUGGAAAUUUGCUCCAUUCCAAUCAACACUUUAUGAAUCGCAAGGAGUGAUAGUUUGUUUCUUUUUUGCUUUGAUGAUGUGUGUUGGAGCUUCUAUUCGACACAUUGUUUGGGAACGAGAAUCUCAAAAUUCAAUGGUCAUGAGUGUUAUGGGUCUGAAACCAUGGAGGAACACUGCUGCAUGGUGGAUAACAUCUUUCAUUGAAUUAUCAAUAAUAAUGUUAUGUAUUGCCCUAAUACUUGUAGCUGGAAAAAUUCUUCCAAAAUCUGAUCCAUUAUUGCUUUUGACAUUAUUUUUCGAUUAUAUUUUCUCAAUUGUUGCUUUCUGCUAUAUGAUUUCAAUAAUGUUCAGUUCAGCAAGUUUGGCCGCUGUUACAGCAGUGACCAUGUUUUUGCUGACGUUCAUGCCUUAUAUUAUCGUAAUUGCCAUGGAAGCUGCGAUGGGUCUUGGUUAUAAAUUACUUAUCUGUUUGAGUAUGUCAACGAGUUUUUCCUAUGGAUGUCUUUUUGCCGUUCGAAAAGAAGUACAGGGAGUUGGUUUACAAUGGAAUUCAAUGUGGGAGGAAUCGACUCCCGGUGAUCCAAUGUCACUAGGUUUGGUGCUCAUUAUGAUUUUCGUAGAUGGUUGCAUUUACUCUCUCAUUGGCUAUCUUAUAGCCAAAUACAUCAAUUCAGGCAAGGGUUUUCAUGGAUUACGAUCUCGCAGUUUAUGGUGGGGUAACAACCGUACCCUAUAUGGUCUACCUAGCUAUCUAGCUUUCAUCAACAACCUUUAUUUCACUAACGACGUUCUACACCCUUCAGACACUUAUCAAGAUGAGGAAACUGACUCGAGCAGUUUGACAGUGAAUGAGGCACAAGCUGGCGUUAGUUUCGAAGGAGUUCGUAAAGUAUAUCAAAUCGAACAAGGCACCCGAGUCGCUGUAGAUGAUUUUACUUUGAAGCUUUGCGAAGGCGAAGUGACAAGUCUUUUGGGAAGAAAUGGAGCUGGAAAAACUACAAUUAUAAAAAUGUUAACUGGAAUGAUUGCUCCAACCACUGGCGAAAUUCGUUUAAACGGAAAAGAAGGUACUAAACCGGAUAUUGGAGUUUGUCCACAGGACAAUGUUCUCAUUCCAACUUUAACACCACGAGAACACAUGAUAUUUUACGCUAAAUUGAAAAAACCCUCCGAUCAUUCGGAAAUGACGAGAAAUGUCGAUAUAAUGAUGGCAUCGUUGGAAUUGGGUCGUCAGGAGCAUGAGCCAAUUUAUCGUCUUUCUGGUGGGACAAAGAGACGAUUGUGUGUUGCUCUUGCUUUUCUUGGCUCGCCAAAGCUUGUGAUCCUUGAUGAACCGGGAGCGGGAGUUGAUCCAGCAGCGAGACGUAGGAUUUGGAGAUUAAUAGAUCAACAUAGAGUUGGCAGAACUGUCCUUCUCUCCACACAUCAUCUCGAUGAAGCUGACAUGUUAAGUGACACUGUUGUCAUAAUGCACAAAGGGAAAAUCCUUCGUGCCGGAUCACCGUUAACCUUAAAGAUGACCCUCAACCAGGGAUAUAAAAUUCAUAUAUCAUUCUCGAUUACAGAAGAAUCGAAAUCCAUUAAUAAAAAAUUCUACGAAUGUGUUUCGUCACUUGUCAAAAAUGUCGUUUCUAAUGCUUUUAUUCGCGAGGAAUCGAAAACCGAGAUACUUGUUAUUUUACCAUUCCUCGGUACAAAUGGUGUUAUGAAUGAUAUUGCAGCGGCUCUUAAAAUUAUCGAGGAUAAUAAGGAUUUAAUUGGUUUUACACAUUUUUCGCUCGAAUGUGAUACAUUGGAGAAAGUAUUUUUGGAUCUUUGUUCCGAUGCUGAAAAUGGAUCAUCGUCAAUUUUAAGAGCAAGUCAAGAUAGCAUUGUCUCUGCACCGUCAAUUGAAUUAUAUCCAAUGAAUGAUGAUGUGGAUUUAAUUGGCCUUGAACCGAAACCAAAACCAUCGGCCUAUCGACAAGGAAAGGCUUUGAUAAAAAAGAGAAUAUGGCAUUUUACUCGAGAUUGGAGAUCACCAUUGGCGGCUUUAAUUUUGCCAACAGUGUUCGUUGCUGUAGCUAUGGGAUUCUCAUUAAUUAGACCACCAUCCGAGAAUGAACCACCAUUAAUUUUAAAGCCCAAACUAUACAAUGCACAUCCAACUCAUUUUUACAAUAUUGACAAUGACUAUGAUCCAUUUCUUCAACACGUGUCAAUGCAACUUCAGGAUCGAUUUGGAGGCGAUACGGCAGGAGCUUGGCAAACUCUUCCAAAUGACACCGGCACGUGCGAAUGUCUCGAGGGUCAACAAGUUUGUCGUGGAGUGUCCCAAGCUGUCGAGGGUCUGUUACAAACCCCACCUGGACGUCCAACUCUUGACUGGAUAGUUUCAACUCAUCAGGAGUACAUAGAGAAGAGAUAUGGUGGAUGGUCAUUAUCGCAUUGGAAAGAUGAUCCUCUCUUUGUUGUUUGGUUUAAUAAUAAAGGACAUCAUGCCUUGCCAGCUUACCUUAAUGCUCUGAACGAAGCGAUCAUGCGAGCUUCAGGAGUUGAUGGAUAUUUGAUUACUAUUAAUCAUCCUUUGAAGUUGUCCAGUGAUCAAUUAAAUCGAACUACAUUGUUGCAACACGUGGCUGAUGUUGGAAUCGCCUUAGUUCUUUUGGUCGCAUUUAGUUUGGUUGGAGCCCAAGGAGCUAAGGAAUUGGUUAGAGAGAGAUUAUCGGAGGAGAAACGAAUCUUAUAUCUUGCUGGCGUGCAUCCUGUGACUUAUUGGACGACAGCUUUAAUCUGGGACAACAUGGUCUUUCAAACUGCAAUUACAUUGGCAAUUAUUGUUUUUGAAAUUUUUGGUCUUCCCGCCUACGUUGAAAGAGAUAAUUUAAUGGGUGUUACUUUAUUAUUGUGUAUGUUCGCAUGGGCGGUGGUGCCAUUUACUCAUCUUGUAGAAAAGGCCUUUGACGAUUCAAGUUUAUCAAAUAUGGUUCUCUUUUGUGUGAAUACAUUUUUGGGUGUAGCAUCUCUAACGACGAUCCUUGUAAUUGACAUUCUCGGCAAAAGUCAAACGGCAGCAGACGUUCGUGAUUUUCUACAUCACGUACUGCUUUUACUACCUCAAUAUGCACUCGGCGAUGCUCUUGUGCAAAUCACGAAGAACGACAUCACUGCUGAACUACUCGGUAGAUUCAACAUGGAUACGUACAAAUCUCCCUUAGGUUGGGAUUUAAUUGGCUUACAUUAUGUCUGCCUCUUCGUAGUUGGUACUAUUCUAUAUUUGGCAAAUCUUGCCAUUGAGUGCCGACUACUGCCUGACAUUUCAUGGAAGAGGCAUAAAGUUUCUUACGAGGAAGUGAAAGAAGAUCCAGAUGUUGCAAGAGAGAGACUUCGUGUGGAAAAGGAAUUAGUUGAAGAUAUUUUGAAAAUUGUGAAAUUACGCAAAGAAUAUAAAAGUUUUUAUGGUAAAAAUAUUGCUGUACAAAAUUUAAGUUUUGGCAUUGAAUCUGGAACUUGUUUUGGAUUAUUGGGAAUUAAUGGCGCUGGUAAAAGUUCAAUAUUCAAAAUGUUAACAACGGAAAUAAUGCCAACGGGUGGAAAAAUAUUUAUUAAUAACAAAGAAAUUGGAAUGGGUCCAUUGUGUAAUGGUGAAGUUGGAUAUUGUCCUCAAAGCGAUGCACUUGAUGGAUUUCUAACUCCACAUCAGUGUUUGACAAUUCACGGUGAAGUUUGCGGUCUUGCUGAUGUCUCCAGGGCUGUGGAAAGAAUGUUGAAGAGAUUUGAUCUUAUUAAAUAUGCUCAUCAGAGGGUUGACAGUCUAAGUGGGGGAAAUAAGAGAAAACUUUGCGCUGCUAUCAGUGUAAUGGCUCCUGUGUCCAUUGUUCUAAUGGAUGAACCCACAAGUGGAAUGGAUCCAGCGUCCAAGGAAUUGGUUUCACAUGCUGUUCGUCAUGUGACAAGAAAUCAGGGAUCAGUGAUUAUGACAUCGCACAGUGUUGUGGAAUGUGAGAAACUUUGUCCAAGAGUUGGAAUUUUGGCAAAAGCGGGUCUCAGAUGUAUUGGCAGUCCUCAACAUUUGAAACACAGAUUUGGUGAAGGAUAUAUCGUUUUUUUGAGAACGAAUCAGUCAUUGACGGUUGAUGAUUUGAAGGAAGCAAUUUCAAAGUACAUUCCAAAAGCUAUUGUAUGUUCGAGGCAAGCAAGAACCGCACGUCUUCUAAUACCUCGAGGUCAGGAUAUAACUUUGAGUGUCACAUUCACGAAAGUGAAGAGUCUCGCUGAGGAUCUUCAAGCCACUGACUUCACUUUAACACAAAGUUCCUUAGAUCAGGUUCUGGUCAGCUUUUCAGAACAACUGGAAGACAAUUCUGACAGUGCAAUGUGCUUUAUAAACACGUGUGUCAGCAGUGAUGCCAUUCAUUUAGAUACAUUUUAAUAUUUCAAAUUCUUUUUUUUUAUUCCUUAAAAAUUAUUUAGGAAAAUAUUUUUCAUCACGAUGCCAGUAUAUUUCUUCUCGAACAAAAAAAAAAAAAAAAAAACGACUCUUCUUGAAAGAAAGUAAUUUUAAAUGAUUUUAAUUUUUACUUUUCGUCGAAUUACUAGUUAUAGUGUUUUUAUCUUCUUUAUUGGAGUUUUUGGUUUAGAAGUCUAGUAUUUUUUUUAUAGAUUUAAUUUUAAGUGGUAUUUAAGAAAAAUCGAUGUGUACAUUUAUAUUUUUUCGAAUAAUCUAAUAUUUUAUGGCUGCGGUAACGAAUUAUCAUUUAAAUUCAUAUAAAUAUUGAAUUUUUGAAUAUUUUUUUUUUUUUAAUUUUUGUAUAUAAAUUUUAUUCAUUAUUUUCUAUAAAUUUUUAUUUCUAUAAGAAUUAUUAUUUUUUAGUUGUAUAUUGAAAUUGUUCAAAAUAAUUCAAUAAUCAAUCGAUUGUAAAAAAAAAAAAGAAAUCGAUAAAAAAUUGUGAAACUGGUGAUUUGUGGAAGAGACGUGGUAGCAGAAAUUUGAUUUUCUUAAACGAUCGUAUAACGAAAAGAAACUCAAGUGCACUUAGAAAGGAUAAGACUCUGUGUGUAGUGCUCUGACAAGGUUUACGCUUUUCUUCCAUUUUCCUUUAUGUUGUCUUCUUUUUUUUUUUUUUACAACUCAUCCUGAAUUUUCGAUUUGCAAUUUCCCUUUUUUCCUCUUUGUUCUACUCCGCAAAGAAAAUAGUGCCUUUCCAAGUAUUACCCGACAAUAAAAGUAAAGUUUUGCAAUUGAGAAAGCUUUCACUUCUUUAUAAAAAGAGUGCGAUUUUAUAAUCUUCGAUUUUUUUCUCAUUAGAAUUUUUUUCAAACCAUUAGAAUAAGAAGAAAUAGAAAAUAAGUAAGAAGAGAAAAGUAUAGAAAAUAAUAUUCAAAAUUGAAAAAUUGGUAGCAGAAAUUGUUUCAAUCAUAAAAGAGAAUUUAUAAAAAAUGUAAAUGAUUGGAAAAAAAAAUUCAAAAAAAGGAAAAUUUAUUAUCAUAUUUUUUUGUACCGCAGCCAAUUAUUUUUGUGUGUCGUCAGUGAAAGUGAGAUUUGUAUGUAGGGGUGCUAUCGAUAAUUACGCUUAUUAUAAACUCGUAUAUUCGUUAUAAAUAUAUGAAAAUUAGGUAUUAAAAAAAUAUUUUCAAAAACUGUU